UUUGGCGAAAAAUAAUAAUGGCUUCUGCGUGUAUUGAUAUAUACGUGAAACUUCCGACAGGAAAAGCAAUAGAGCUGCAACAUUUACCGUCAGAAACUGUCCGGCAAAUCACGCAGAAAAUCGCCGACAGCGAAAAAGUGCGCGAAAAUCGCGUGCGUUUGAAAUACCAAGGAAAAAUCAUUGACAAGUCAAAAACUAUCCAAUACCUAGGAAUCUGUUCAGAAACAAUAUUGAAGGCUGAUAUCGUUUUCCCGCAAGAUGUCGCAGUAACGAUACGAUUUCUUGACGCAGAACACCACGUGACAUUUCAGACUGUUGAUACACUUGCAGAUUUACAUCAGCAAAUUACUGCUCUGACUGGACUAUCGGAAGCCGAACAACUUAUCAAAUCAGGCAAUGCCCCUUUCAACAGACGAGAUUUGAUCUUAACGGACAUAGGAGUUACGGGCGGAUCUGUUUUGAGUGUUACAAAGAAGCCGACGAAAACUCCAGGCGCCAAUACGGAGAAUGCAAACGAAAACAAUGAAGUGAAUGAGGAUUUAAAAGAAGAGCUACUAAGCACUUUUGACAGCAGAGGGCGACCAGUUGAUGUGGUCUUCUGCUUUGAUACCACUGGAAGCAUGUACAGCGUCUUAACAAAUGUCCGCCAAAAGCUAAACGAGAUCUGUUCGCGGCUGAUAUCUGACAUACCUGGUAUACGAAUCGGCAUAAUUGCCAAUGGGGACUACUGUGACUCGGAAGUGUACGUUGUCCGGUACGUAGACUUAACGACUGACGUCCGUGCGCUAUGCGACUUCGCAAACAACGUUCCGCCUACGGGUGGUGGAGGAAAUGGCGGAGAGGCUUACGAAUGGGCCCUGCGGAGGGCGCAGCAGUUGGAUUGGGGCGAGGACAGCGCCAAAGCCUUGGUGAUGAUUGGGGACGAGCCACCUCAUCACAAACACUACACGGACCAAAAACUGUUCUGGAAGGAUGAGCUGGACGUGCUGGUGGGGAUGGGAGUCAAAGUGUACGGCGUUCAAGCGAUGUACGAGUCUCGGUCUACGCCUUUCUAUCAGGAAUUAGCGUUACGGUCGAGUGGUUUCUACUUGAAGCUCAAAGACUUUCGCCUCAUCACGGACAUGUUUCUCGCCGUAUGUUAUAGAGAAGCAGACGAUGGGCAAUUUGAAACAUUCGCGGAAGAAGUGAAGAAAGAAGGCCGAAUGACUGAAGACACUAAACUAUUCCUAGACGAACUGAACAAACAAAGCCAAGCCGACCCUGUCGCCGAAAAGGAAGAGCGUGAAAAGAGAUACGUAGACGAGGGUUGGUGGGACCCUUAUCUAGUCGAGCACGAGCUUCCCAAAUAUUUCUAUAAUCAAGAAACGGACCAUUGGGUCACAACACCUUCUACAAACCGCCCCAGUAGUGCCACUAACAGCCGAGUCCAAGUGUUACCAAUAAUCUCUGUUCAACCGUCUUAUAUGCCGAGUGAUCCAAAGAGGAAAUCUAGGCUACGCAAGAUAUUGGGAUUUUUUAAGAAAGAAUAAUGUUUCAAAACAAAUGUUGAUUUAAUUUAAUAGAAAGAUCAUAAAUGAGACAUUUACUUUUACUAAAAAAGCGAAUCGUUAUAUUUUUAUUAUUUUCACCACAUGCACUUUUAUAAUUAGUCUGUCAAGAAAUGAAAUGUGUGUACCAAAGUGAUUGCAAUUUGUCUUAUCACGAAUUAUAUACAUAAAUUAUACUUAGUAUAUAUCAUUUUAACGAGUUUGUUAACCUGUGAUUUAUACCACAGUUUUCUAGAGUCAAUACUUUAAAUGCCAAAAAUACAUGCUGUAUUUGCUAUGUAACAAUAUAAUUAUGAACACACCGUGUAAAAACAAUAACGAAGCGUGUGAAAAUCGGUGUGUGUGUUUGAAUGAUUGUAUUGUAUGUAUUUAGAAUAAAUGUCCAUUUAUGUU